AUGCCACAUGGAAAGAACGAAACCAUUGAGGAGAUAUCGAAAAUUCCUUCAGAUGAACAUAGUACUUCAAUAACACGAAGAAAUACUGCUGAACGUAUUAGUAUAUUUAGUUGGAAAGAUGAUAGUUGUUUUAGUAUUUCAGAAAAUACAAAAUCUAAAGAUUUUAGACGAAAACGUUAUAAACGACAGAAAGGUGAAUAUACAGUUGUUAAAGAUCCAACACCAGAAGCAUUAAAUGAGCUGAUAGAUCCACCACAAGAUGAGGAUAAUGAAAAUGUUAACGGUUAUAUUAACACUACAGAAAAUAAACAGCAGUAA